AUGGCAGACAAGACGUGGCCCCGAACUCCUGUAGUCGACUUUACUGCGGCCUUGGAUACCUCCACACUCAAGGGGAAAUCAGUCCUCGUAACGGGCGGAGCUAGUGGCAUCGGUCUUGCGUGUGUUGAAGCAUUUGCUAAACAUGGGGCUGUUGUAACCGUGGUGGAUCUCCAGGAAGAAGCAGGUCAGGCAAUAGCUAAGGAGCUCACGUCCAUGGGCCACAAAGUCCAGUUCGUGCAGUGCGACGUUACAAGCUAUGAAGCCCAAGCUAAGGCUUUCAAAUCGGCCGUUCAGUUUGGAGGUGGGAAGCUAGACAUCGCCUUCCCCAACGCAGGGGUCCUUGCGCAGAAGAAUCUUUUCGAAAUGGUGGCACACACCGUACCUUCUCUUGACUCUCACCCCCCGGAACCAGGAUUUAGCAGUGUAGACGUUAAUCUUCGUGGUGUAUACUAUAGCUGCUACCUCGCGCUCCACUACUUUCGUCUUCCCGCCCCGAGCGCCUCAAUUCCCUUCAAGAAAUCCAUCGUGCUUCUGGCGUCUGUAGUAGGAUACAUGGGAUAUGCCCCCAGCACAACUUACUCUAUGUCGAAAUUUGGUGUCCGCGGUAUCUUCCACAGCAUCCGUGCUCAUGGCUUCGAGCAAGAUCUUCAAGUCCGAAUCAACCUCGUCGCCCCCUGGUAUGUGAAGACACCAAUGACGACGGACCUCACUGCUACCGCGAAUAUCUUCGGAUUUGCUCCAAUGGAAGGCGUGGUCGAUGCGGUGUUAAGAUUGGCUGGGAAUGAAGAGAUUGCGUCGCGAGCAGUCGCCAUUUUUCCAGAGGGGAAUUUCGAUGUUGGAGAUGACAUUUGGGGGGAUUUUGCGGGGCCUAAGUUCACCGAGAUGAUAGGAAAGAGAAUGGAGGCUAUUUCGAAGGCCAUGGAGGCUAUAGGUGAGGCUACUGCGUAG